UAAGGAGGGGAGAGGUUUCACUUUCUUAGUUGAAGUUAGUUGGUUAAUGAUGAGUGUGUUGGCGUGAAUGGGACGUUUCCGUCAUUUUCAGAAUCGCACCCAACCCAACCCCGUUUUUUCUCUUCACUCACUUGUGUUGUGUUGCAUUCGUUAAUUACCAGAGCUCAACUCCUUCCCCCAAGCUUUCUGGCAUCUCAAUGAUGACACAAGAAUCAUCAGAGGUGUUGGGAAAACAUGCAAGCUCAGGUUCUCAUGUGAGGGGGAGUAGUGAAUAUAUUAGACUGGUCAUAUCCGAUGAACAAAGGGUGGUUGAAGCUGAAACCUUGCUGACUCGAGCAGAAUCAAGAAUCAAGUCUUUCUGGUGGUGGAUGAAAUCCUUUUUAUGGUGUGUUGUCUUUGUGAUACUUGUUUUUAUUCUUGUCAAAUGGGGAGUGCCACUUUUUUUUGUAAAGGUUCUUUACCCAAUCAUGGAAUGGGAAGCUACUGCCUUUGGCCGUCCAGUUCUUGCUUUAGUACUUGUUGCCUCUCUGGCUUUAUUCCCAGUGUUCUUAAUACCUUCUGGCCCCUCCAUGUGGCUGGCUGGGAUGAUUUUUGGUUAUGGCCUUGGCUUCUUUAUAAUAAUGGUUGGAACAACCAUUGGGAUGGUCCUGCCUUACUUAAUUGGGCUACUGUUCCGUGACCGCAUUCAUCAAUGGUUAAAGAGAUGGCCCCAAAAUGCUGCAAUGAUUAGGCUUGCUGGGGAGGGGAACUGGUCUCGUCAAUUUCAAGUGGUUGCACUGUUCAGGGUUUCUCCUUUUCCCUAUACUAUAUUCAAUUAUGCCGUGGUAGUCACAAAUAUGAGGUUUUGGCCCUACUUAUGUGGAUCAGUAGCUGGAAUGGUACCAGAAGCUUUCAUCUAUAUCUACAGUGGUCGGUUAAUAAAGACAUUGGCAGACGCACAGUAUGGGAAGCACCACUUGACUACUGUGGAAAUCGUAUACAACAUUAUUUCUUUCAUUAUUGCAAUAGUUACCACUAUUGCCUUCACUGUCUAUGCCAAAAGGACUCUAAAUCAACUCAAAAUGGCAGAGUUGAAUGAUGAAGUUACCUUUGUUUCUGUAGAGAUGGAGAAGCUUCCCCUUGAAAGGCCUAAACAGCUUAGUUUGUCAAAAUUUUCGUGACAAUGUAUACUCGUGUAUUUACAAGUUGAUUUAGGAUUACAGUAAUAAUACUCCCUCCCCCCCCUUUUUUUUCCCUUUCGGUUUUCAUAUGAUGAUCCUUGUAACUAGGAUGUCGGAGUGGGAUAGAAAAACCAAAGGCCAAUAACAGUUACACUUUUUUUCUCCAUCAAACUUUUCCAUUAUGCUCCCCAUAAA